AUGAAAACUUUUGAGGUACAAAUCUGCCAAACGGAUCUGGGUGGUUGUCCACGUGAUUCUCGAUGUAUGACAUCCAAUAUUCCUAAAGUAUCAAUCUUGUUGCCAACUUUAUGGCCCUCGAGCUAUAGCGUCAUCUGGAGGAAACAAUGUGAGUACUCAGAGAUAGCAAUCAUGGCCCGUCCCUUGGCCCAACCGAAAUGCAAAAAUGGUGAUCGACCAUUCAAUAGUGAUGGAAAUGUGAUGGAGUGCAGCUUUGGUAACAGCAACUGCCCAGCGGGAUACAAAUGUGAAUUCUCGUCAACUGGUCAAGCAGUAUGUUGCGGUGAUUCGGAAUCGAUUCGCUGUCCAGCUGGCUCAUCAGCAUUUGAAUAUGGUGGACGACCAUUAGCCUGCCCACCAGGAAGUACUAAAUGUCCUAAUGGAUUCGCAUGUGUCGCUUCGAUGAACCCGCAGUACCAUCUUUGCUGUACAACAGGCAACUUCAUGACUCAACCACAACUCCCCCAGCCACAAUGUCUGCGCGGUUCUGCAUUUGUUGAUCCUGCUAUGAAUCAACGUCAGUUCUGCUCACCGUUGAGGGACACAUGCCCUAUUGGAUAUCAGUGCAUGGAAUCUGAUUAUCCUGGGCAAUACAUAUGCUGCACCCAGGGUGAUCUCAGCGAACAGUUCAAAGGUUACUGUCCACCGAAUCAAAUCCCAUAUGUGUCUCGGGAAGGAUUUCCACCAACCUGUCAUAUGCAACUGAACCCGUGCCCAACAACAGCGCCAUAUGUUUGCAUAUACUCAGCGAUGAAGCAGGAUUCAUACUGUUGCGCUCCGAUGGAUACGACUGGCCCCAGCCUGCCAGAUCCCUCACUGUCCGCUUCUCCUAUGCGAAGACUGCCUGGCGAGAUUCCAUCUAUUCCAACAGUUCCACCAUCAAAUCCCUACGCGGGUAUGUCUCAAACAUUCCCCGGCGGACCAAUUGCACCUGGUAUGGGCCCAAUUCUUCCUCCUUCUCUCACAGCAAAUAUGAACCUUAAUGGUAAUGGAAAUAACCUACGACCCAUGUCGGGUAUGAACAUGAAUCUCAACGGCAAUGGGAACAAUUUCAACUACAACAAUAAUGGAUACGGCUUAACAAAUCAAAAUCUGAAUGGAUUCACGAAUAAUCAGCCCGCUAUUGGAGUGCCAAUGGGUGGCGUUCCAUCCAGUAUGGCUUCACAAGUCAUCGACCGAGUCCUUGGUCAAUUAUCUGGCCAGAGCUUCAACUCUGGCAAUAACCCGUACUUUGCCAAUAACGCUAACAGUAAUCAGCCGGGAGCAGGACAAAUUUUCGGUGGACAAUGGUCGAAUCCAGAUCAUCAUGCCUUCACCGGCUGCCCAAUAGGAUCAAGAGCUUUGGUCAGAUCUGAUCCGCAGCGUUGUGACAUGUCAUGA